CCCAUCCACCGUAACAAAGGACAUAAGGAGGGAAAUCCCAUACCAUCAAUUUCAAACCAUCUUGGAGAGAUGAAAGCUUUAUAGCGGGAUUUUACCUUGCUUCCCGCCAUUGAACCACACUCCUCUCCGCAGCUACCAACAACACCUACAAUGGCUUCUUCCUCCGCUUCACUGUCAUCCAAAACCAGAACUUUAAUCGAUAUCUUCCAGCCAGCGCUUUCCAAACGCUUAAAAACUUCACAGACAUUGAAAACCCUAGCAACCAACGACGACAAAUGCGAUUCAGACCUCACAUUGGCUUCCUCUUCCACUGACAUGUCUGCCUCCCAGAUAUCCCGCAUGGAAACCAACAAAUGGAUGGCCAGAUCGAAGCGCAAUCUCAAAAUUUGCUCAGAUAGGGUUUCCAAAUGGGAGAAUGGAUGUAUGAAGUUGGAGGAGCUUUUGGUGGAGGAGACAUGGUUCGAAGCUCUUCCUGGAGAGUUCGAGAAGCCCUAUGCUCUUAAUCUUUGCAAAUUUGUACAGACUGAGAUUUGCAGUAGUGGUGUCCCUAUUUAUCCUCCUCCUUCUUUGAUCUUUAAUGCUCUGAAUUCUACCCCUUUCGAUAGGGUCAAAGUUGUUAUUCUUGGUCAAGAUCCUUAUCAUGGGCCUGGUCAAGCUAUGGGUCUUUCAUUUUCUGUUCCUGAGGGUGUUAAAAUCCCAUCUAGUCUUCUCAACAUAUUCAAGGAACUGAAGGAUGAUCUUGGUUGUUCCAUCCCAUCCCAUGGAAAUCUCGGGAAAUGGGCUGUUCAGGGAGUCUUGUUGCUUAAUGCUGUUCUCUCAGCAACAUCUAGGACAUUGAACCAGAAACUCUUCAAACACCACCAAACUGUGAUGAUGAGCAACAAGGCUGACAUAGUUCGAGAGCAUCAAGCAAACUCUCAUGCGAAGAGAGGAUGGGAACAAUUUACUGAUGCUGUCAUCAAGACAAUAUCACAAAAGAAGGAAGGGAUAGUCUUUCUACUUUGGGGGAACUCCGCCCAAGCGAAAUUGAGGUUAAUUGAUGAGAAAAAGCAUCACAUUCUCAAAGCAGCGCAUCCUUCUGGUUUGUCUGCUAACAGAGGCUUCUUUGGUUGCAGGCAUUUUUCUCGAACAAACAUACUACUCAAGGAACUAGGUACUGCUUCCAUAGAUUGGCAACUUUGAUCCAAGCAUGUGAACCAUUGAAGUUCAUUUUUUGUGGAUACACUUCAAGAUCUCCAGUCAUGCUCAGACCUGCUUGCUCGAUGACUUUUCGUUGAAUUUUCACUUGUCGAUUCACCGUUGUUUAAGUGUCCAGAUGCCCAUCCUUUACCUUUUUGUAUUGUAGUGUUUAUUCCUGCUGUUUGAUAUUUAUCCCAAAGUAGCACCAGUUUAUAAAAUAGGGUAAAAUUAGAAGUUAGUCUAUCACACCACCAGUGGUUAUCAUAAAUCAGGCUAGAUGUUCCGUUGUACCUAAAUUUUGCGAUUCUCUCAAUCCUAUCGUGGGAAGUGGGAAGAUUCAUCUUAGUCCCUGUGGAUGGAAAAUAUGGGCAAAAGACUAACUGCCCUUCACGUGCUUUCAAUAGUAAAGUUGUAAUUUUGGAGAAGGAAAGAUGACUUAUAAAACAAAAAAAAAAAAAAAAAGAAGAAAAA